AUGACUCACCAGUUGCCGGGCGGACCCGCAGAGCCCGGCGGCCCCGCCAGCGGAAUUUCGGGCUCGGCCCGGGGGUACGGAUCCGCACCGGGGGCGGGCCCCGAGCCCCCUGCCCACCCCUGGGGCCGAUCGGGGGCUCCCCGCACCCAGCAGCCGGAGGAGGAGCAGCAGCAGCAGCAGGAACAGCAGGAAGAGGAGCGGGAGAAUCCCGCCGCUCGCACCGCUCGCACGCUGGGUCUGCAGCACCCCCUGCCCCGGGAGCAUCGCCCCCAGCCCCGAGCCGCAGGAUUUCCCAUUCCCAAACUUUGGCUGGGUGGAGGAGGAGGCUGCGAGGAAGAGGAAGGAGGCCUGGGACAGCCAGGCAGAGCAGGAGCUGAGGAUGGAGAGCAGGGAGGACAAAUUCCCGCGGCAGAACCUCGUGGAAGAGGCCGUUUUGAGCGGCUCCACGGUGCAGGAACCCAACGGGGAGGAAAAGCCCCGGAGAUGCCGCACGAGGAGGGGCUGCAAAUGCAGAUCACGGGGAUCUGAGGAGGAAAGACCCAGCCUGGGCUGGGGAGGUGGCCGGAGAUGGAACCAGAGCUCAGAGCUGGUG